CCAGCGCAUCCCAGCCUUGCAUCCCACUGGUCACCCGAACACUGGGCAUGCCAAGUCGUUCAGUGGUUCACUGACCAAAGGUUGAUGGCAGAAGGGAUGACUCUGGGCCCGCUCGUUGCCAAGACACUUUGGCAAGAAGCAUCGCAGGCUGCGCUAGCCGUUGCCUCCAAUAAAGUCAAGCAAAGUGCCCUGAUGCAGAACGCCCUGUUUAGCCGGUAUCCCAUCGACACAGCGAUCAUACAGACAGUGCGAUGCAGCCUGUCAGGAACUCCUUACUAACCUCUCUGGAUACAGGCAACUUCACUAGCUUAUUCUUCAUUUAUCGAGGCCAUACUGUAGCUGCCAUUCAAUCUAUUUUUGCCCUUAUCUGUCCU